UGGGCCCCACGAUAUCCUCGCACGCGCUCCGAUAAAAUCCUAGACGGAGGAAUAAAAUGCGCGCGAUCGAAAGGGAACGCUGAUUGUAUGAUUGGUCAACGUUAACACGCGUGUCACGCCGCGCUACGCAACGUGUAUAUAAUUCGAUCUUUGCCUUUGUAUUCUCGUUUUAUCUACGCGUUUUAAUAUCGUGUCGUGCCCCAUUGGAAACGACGACAUGCUGCCUGCCAAGAUAACUUUGUUUUUUGGACUCGUGGCACUACUAACAUUAUCGACAGCAGCACCAGACAGUGCAGGGAUAGAUGAAAUGGAGAAUGGAUUGGCGUACGGUGGGAUUCCUUAUGGAAGCGUGAGCGGCAUGCUCGCGAAAUAUCCGGGAUACGGACGGAUUAACGCUCAACCUCAAGCCAGACAAUUCAACAUUUUGAGCAACACCCAACGGCCAGUAAUAAUCACGCCAAAUUUCCGAGCAACCCGGGUGGUGGGAAUUUCGCCUCGACCUGUGCAAAUUUACAAUCUUCCGAGUGUCAUCGCCCCCGGUGUCGUCGGCACGAUCAGUCAGAUCGGCUAUUAAAACGGCCUCGCCGUCGAUCAAAUGCAUACGUCAGUCAAUCGAACUUCUCUCUUCUCACGAUGAAGCUCUUCUACGAAGAACGUACAGUAUGUCAAGCCACCCGCAUCGCGAAGUUGCAUCUUACAGCAUAAUAUUAUUAUAAUCCAUCCAUGGUACAAAGUAGAAAUGAUCGGAUGAAGUAUUAUUAGUUCGUGAUUUUCGCCGAGUUAAUUUAUGUCGAAAUUGCACGCAGGCACUCGCAUAAAUUAUCCACCAUAAUUGUGAAUAAUAAUAUUUAUUAUGUAAGAAUAUAUUCUUGUAAGUUUUAGUCGAGGAUUGAAACUUUACGGUACUAUAUUUUACACAUUAGUUUGUGUAUUUACAUGCUACUACAUUACUGCUAUGUUAUAUUAAAAUGUCAAGUAAGUAAGGAUGAAUAUGUGCGUUCUAAACGUAACGAAUGUUAAUAUUAUUUUAAUUGUUGUAAAUAUCAAAUAUAAUAAAAAAUAAUGACGUAAUAUUUUAUAGGUGCUAAAAUCUAAAAGCAUGUAUAAACUUUGCUUAUAAAUAAUAGAUUUUAUAAAGCUUAUCGUGUAAUCAAA